AUGAGUAUUGCAGACUUGAUCCAAGCUGCUGAAUUCAUCGAAAGGCGCGAUAGAGUGUUCUUUGUUGCAGAGGCGGAGCACGGAUACGCGUCGAGUUUGCCGGCGUACGAGGAGUCUCGUACCGGUGGAAGGCGUCCGAAGACGAAGAAAUCGCAGGGCAGCAGGACCACUCAUAACGAGUUGGAAAAGAACAGGUUAGUAGAUUUGUGUGUUUAUGUAAGCUGGGAUUGGUGCCGAUGCGAUGCCGGCGCGAUUUCGCGCGUGGCGCAGUGA